CUUCUCCUUCUCCUCUCUCUCUCUCUCUCUCUCUCUCUCUCUCUCUCUCUCUCUCUCUCUCUCUCCAUGGCUGUACCUGAGGAGAAAUGGAGGAUCAUGAGAACUAUGGCAGUUGGGGUAGUUGUGUAUGGGAGUUUUAUAAUAGCAGGCAAGCUCGCAGCAGCAGAAAGGCCAUUAAAGCCCAUUGAGGUCGGGACAUGGGCUGAGAAAGAAAGUGCAACGAACGGUUUCCUCACCACACUCAUCGAUUUCUUAUGGUUGCGUGGAAGACACCAUGUUUGGCCUGAAAUGGAAUUUGGGUGGAGAAUCGUGUUGGGUUCUAUCAUUGGAUUCUUUGGAGCAGCUCUAGGUAGCAUUGGAGGUGUAGGUGGUGGUGGGAUCUUUGUCCCAAUGCUGACAUUGAUUAUAGGAUUCGAUGCUAAAUCCUCCACAGCCAUAUCUAAAUGUAUGAUAAUGGGAGCAGCGGGAUCCACCGUUUAUUACAAUUUGACGCUUCGUCACCCAACGUUGAACUUACCGAUAAUCGAUUAUGAUCUUGCCUUGCUUUUCCAGCCUAUGCUUAUGUUGGGAAUCAGCAUCGGAAUCGCCUUCAAUGUUAUUUUUGCCGAUUGGAUGGUUACUGUUCUGCUCAUCAUCCUCUUUUUGGUUACAUCAACGAGGGCAUUCUUUAAAGGCAUAGAGACAUGGAAGAAAGAGACCAUAAUGAAGAAGGAAGCAGCCAAACUAUUGGAAUCGUCAUCCUCGAAGGUGAACGAUAGUCCGCAACUGGAGUACAAACCACUCCCCAGCAGUCCAACUGCUAAUAGAGACACAGAGUUAUCACCGGAUGACGAGGUAACGAUCAUAGAAAAUGUUUAUUGGAAAGAGCUUGCGGUGCUUAUAUUCGUGUGGAUCGCAUUCCUCAUUGUGCAGAUAAUGAAGACUUAUGCUCCAACCUGCUCCAUGGAAUACUGGGUUCUGAACUCCCUGCAGGUACCGAUUGCUGUUGCUGUGACACUCUACGAAGCCAUCUGCUUGUACACAGGAAGGAGGGUGGUCACAUCCAAGGGAAAGCAAUGCGUGAACUGGAAAAUGCACCAGCUUUUUCUCUAUUGUUGCUGUGGGAUAUUAGCAGGUAUAGUUGGUGGUCUGCUAGGGCUUGGAGGAGGCUUCAUCUUGGGACCCCUGCUUCUUGAAUUGGGAGUUCCUCCUCAGGUAGCAAGUGCGACAUCAACCUUCGUAAUGGUUUUCUCAUCAUCAAUGUCUGUAGUGCAAAACUACCUUCUAAACCGUUUCCCAAUACCAUAUGCUGCUUAUUUCAUUUUAAUUGCCAUCAUUGCUGCCAUCAUUGGCCAGCACGUCGUGAGGAAGUUAGUAACCCUUUUUGGCAGGGCUUCAUUAAUCAUCUUCAUCCUGGCUUUGACCAUCUUUGUCAGUGCAAUUAGUUUAGGAGGUGUGGGCAUAUUAGACAUGAUUGAGAAGCUCGAGCACCAUGAGUAUAUGGGAUUUGAAAGCCUGUGUUAGGGUGCUAUUGGUGGUAGAUGCUUUCCAUCUUCAUCAUUUUGCAAUUUCCAGAAUGCAAUAGUUGCCCGCUUCUAUUUCCUCAUUCAACCAGUUGGGUAUCUCUCCCCUUAUUUCCAAGCCAACGGUUUAGCUCAUUUACUGUUAUUGGAAUUUUCUUUUUCUGUAACAAUAGCUGUAGAGACCUACGAGAAGAGCUCCUUUGUUCAACGUUGUAGAUGUCCUUUCUUUUUGUACAGAAAUAUAUGUAUGACCCAUAUGAUUUGUUAAUAAGAAUCAAGUAGGCAGUUCAAUAA